CGUAUUUUAACUACUGUUUGUUGUCCGCUGAAACUAUCUACCUAUCACCUAUCACCUUCACAUCUAAGUAUGAUGUAGUCGCACCGCUCUUUUCUUUCCCUCCCCAUUGACCUGUCUCAAACCAGAAACAAAAUAUUGCAAAUCAUUCAAGAACUCUGAAGCCGAAUUCCACUUCAAAUAUCGGUUUUAUCUGCGUCGCAGGGGGUGUCCGCUUCUCUCCCACGGCGAAAACAGAAAGGGGACGAAGGGAGGCCACCGCACCGCACAGCAGCAGGCCGGUGGACACCUUGAACAACUCAGGAUUCCCGACAGCACUAGCUCCGUUCACCGCAGCCAAACAAUCUACAUUCCUCAGCCCACCACCUUCGUCUCUCCAGUACCUACAUUCUACAGUAGUUCUUGCCACACCAGGCCAGGGCGGUCGCCUCGUGGAUUAGUAUCCAUGCGCGCCUUAUUCUCCAAUCCCACACCCAACCCCGAUAGCAACGACAGCAACGACCCUUUCGCGUCGCAGGUAUCUUCGCCGCCACCGCCGCCUCCUCCUCGGAACGAGCCCUUACCGCGUCGGAUCAAGUCCAACCUCGGCAGUAGUCACCACGAAGACGAAGGCUACGACAGCCAGGACCAAAGCGGUCUCGAUAAAAGUCUUGUCCGGCCCUCGAUUCUACGUCCGCGGGUGAAACUGUUGGACGGUAGUAGCAGGGUCUCGACACCAUCUCGCAGCCCGGGCAACGUCGGUCGGAUUCCGGAGGAACAUAUCAAGGAACUCGACAAUCUUCAUCAGAACAGGUCUAUCAAGGUUGAAAAGAAGGGCCGGUCUUGGAAUGCUUUGCAGAUAGCUGGCAAGAAGCAAGACACACAGCAGACUCCUUCCGAAGCGUCGGAGAUCCUGCAGCACGGUUCCGCCGAACAAUCGCCAGCAGCACCAGUCAUCGAGAACCCUGGAUCGCAUACCUCCGUACCGCUUGAGAAUAUUGACACUGAACAUUUGCCCGCUGCGGCGGUAGCUUCCCCACAGGAAGAUUCGCAGGAGGAUUCGCAGAACGAAGAAGCGGUGGAACAGACACCAGCCAUGUCUGCUGUGGAGCAGUCGCAGACGCCGCUGGCAAUUGGGUCCGCGACAACGACAACAUCCGAGACUCCCGAUCAGACUGACUUUGAGAAAUACAUUCAGAGUACCAGCGACAACGAAGCGCAAUCACCUCGCCCGUCACCGCCCCCGAAAGACUCUCCUCCGUUGUCCAGUUCCUCAUCGAAUGUGCAGUCGUACUUCAACCCAAAGGGCUUGCAACGCACUGAAUCAAUCUAUUCGUUUUCGAGAGCGUCCUUUAGUAAUCAGCUCUCGCAGCUAACCUCCAUCACUCUUCCACAACCCUCGUCACUGGCGGCCAGUAUCGCUGGGAUCUCGAAUGCACCCGCUGCUGUCAAGGCGUUGACAGGGGCUGCGGAGCAGAUUCAGAUAUGGAUCAGGAAGGCUUCUGAUGUGUUGAGUGGCCUGGAUGCGGAGGAUGAUGUGGAGUGGGCCGCAGCCGGCGGACGAGAAGGAUUAGAAGGAGUGGACAAAGCCAUCACCCGGUUCGAAAGCUUGGUUCACGUUUAUGUCAAUGCCAUUGAACAGGUUCAACUGCGACAAGACAUAGGCAACGUCGGCCCGGACAGUCUGAAGACGAUCGUCGUCCAAAUGGACUCUAUCAUACAGAGUUGGGCGCAGAUCAAAGGGCGACUGAGAGGCGUUAAGGAGCAGGUAGAGUUAGCCAUGGAGUGGGAAGAGCUAUGGGCCAAUGUCCUAGGCGAUGUCGGCAUGGAAAUCGAGAAUCUCAGCCGGUUGAUCUUCGAGAUGGAGGAGAAGCGACACUUCACCCUGGCGAAUGAGCAGGAAGGGACCAGCAACGGGCUUGAUAUCAAUGAACUUGAGACAAUCGUUGAGGAGACGCCCUCGAAUGGCGACAUGGCAAGCAAACGCUUCAGCAUGGAGCCCUUCUUCUCAGGGGCACAGCCCUUGGGUAUGCCGAUUGUCCAGACCCCUCAGGAUGAUUCCCACUCCAGCCUCAUGGCUUUGUUUGCUCGGAUGCAGCCAUUGAAGGCCUCUCUAGAUUUCCUGCCCAUGAGAUUGUCCAUGUUCCAAUCCCGGGCUGAGCGCAUCUUCCCCAGUGCCUGCGAGGAGCUGGAAGACCGGCGAAAUCAGCUGGUGAAGAGCUACAAAAUGCUGGAGGCCGAUGCGGAGGCUCUGCGGAAAGAGCUCAGCGAGGACCGCUGGAUUCUGGUCUUCCGCAAUGCUGGAGCACAAGCACACAAGAUGUUUGAGUCGGUCGAGAGAAGCAUUGCCAAGCUCCAGGAAGGGAUCGAGACGGGCUUGCAUGUGCACAAUCCUGCUGGCUUAACGAAACGAAUCGAGAGCUACGAAGCGAAGAAGGUCCAUUAUGUUCCUGCCAUUGAGCGGGUGAUCUCCAUCAUCGAAAAGGGCGUCAAGGAUCGACUCACUGUGAAUGGAGAGAUCAUGAGGCUUCUGUCAGACAUGUCAUCCAGGAUCGACGCUCUGAAAGCAAGCAUCAAGGUGAUGGACUCUUCGUUGGACGAUCUCAGUCUCUCCAAGUCUCAGCACUUGCGGGACUCGAUAUCCACCAUCAUCACAAUGGACAGCCCCCUUGCGAGCAGUGUUGUCGACACCCCGGGCUCAACUACGCCACUGAACCCUUCAAGCAGGCGUGGUAGCUCCGUGGGCAGUUCUGCCACGCGGACUACUAUGUCCAAGGUUCGACGAUACUCCGGACUCCCGCAGGCAGCCUCGGCUCUAAAAUCAGCCAUCCCCAAGCCUACGUUCUCGGCUACGUCGCCUAGCAAGAAAGAUACGGCCAUCACUCCGACGCCGGCGACGCGGAAGGUUUCGCGCCUGCCACCACCGCCUUCACCGCUGAACAACCGUCCACGGUGGACCACCAGCACCAACACCAACGAUCUGGACGUUGGUCACGUCUACAGGUCCAGCACGCCGUUCCGCAAAUCCUCUGCUCCGGCUCGUACGUCGCGACCCUCGUCCACUCUGCCGAUGCCGAGCCCGCACCGGCGAGACCAGUCUGCGUCUCCUGCUCCUCCGCCCUCCCGAUCCGUCAGUCGUGUCUCUAGCAGACUCACCUCUCGCAGCCCGGCUCGGGGGGCAUCCCCGUCCCCUGGACGCUCCAUUCUCGAUCCUCCUCCAUACAGCAAGCUUCAGAAGCCGGGCCUAGCUGGCCUGACCAAUACCCCUCGCAACCGACAGAGCUACGCUGGAAUGUCGUUCAGCCGCAGUGUCUCACAGACGCACGAUUCAGGGAUGCUGAGUCCGACAAAGACAACUCGUCCUGGGACUUCGCUUGGCCAUUCAGGAACAGGCAACCGGCGCGUCAGUCUGCUUCCUCUUCCCAAGCCGCGGUCUGGCGGAGAUUCGCGCAGCAAGCUCAGUGAACGACCACCCUGGCGUUGAUUAAUUUCUCGCUCAAACAUCUGCAACCUCUCCUCUUCUUGUUUCAUUUUAGGGUCACAUACAUUUACGGCUCGCUGGUUCUUUGCGGUGUCAUAUACCAAAUUGUUUUGAGGACAGACUGGGCUUUGCUUGAUUCCCCAUUCGCAUUUGUUUUAGCGGCGGAUUGUACUAUUUUGUGCUUAGGGACUACAGAUCAUUCUUCGGUGUAUGGUUAUUGAUUCAAUACAUUGUGAUACCUUGCGGAUACAUUAGUUCUAUUUACAUCAAAUUCUAUAUUCUGCAUAUGCA